ACAAAAGUCACACUGGGUCUUUAUGGGUUAAUACCAAUUAGAUGUCAGUGUCUUCUCCAGUUGUGUCAAACCUAAACGCUUGGGUUGUCCAAGUCUGUAACGACGCACCGAAGUUGUAAAAUCCGAGGUUCAUGGAAGGCGUCUGAAGGCCUCGUGACGUCACCGCUCCCCUGCGCUCUCUCCAUCAGCCAGUCAGAGAAGGGAUGCUCUGAACGCAAGACUGCAGCAUCUUCACGGACAAAACGUAGAGCAGGAAGAAAAAAAAAACAACAAAAAAAAAAAAAACAGCUCGAGUCUUUUCUUUCGGUCUGAUCCAUCCUCCAGCUCCGCGCGCGUCUCCGGACCGUCCUCAGCUCACGCGUCCGCCGUCACCCGUGGGUGUCCCGUUCAUGACCGGAGCCCGGACAGGAUAAAGCAGACAGAAAGCCAGCCUGCUGCCCGAGUCCCCUUUGGGAUUUUUUUUCUACUCUUCUUUGCUUCACUGACCUUUGUUUCCUUUCUGUGUUUCCUUUCCUUUCUGUCUUUCCUUUCCUUUCCUUUCUUCCCUUCGGUUCAUUUCACCUCUUUGUCUUUCUGUUUGGCUUUAUUUCCUUGCCCUGUUGGCCGCUGGUUUGCAGAGGAGCGCCACCAUCCUGCACCGCCUGACAUGCUUUUAUCCGGUCGCAGCGGAAUGACACACAUAUCUAACCCGCACAUCUGAAGGUUAAUGGAACACUGACGCUCCUGAUUUUUGCACGGGUUUUUUUAAGUAGCCUAGAACACGCAUCUGCAUCCUCAUCUGCAGAGGUUUGGGAUUUUUUUUGUUGUUGUUGGGUUCCUAUUUCUCUUGAGCCGAUCAUCCGUCCGCUCCGCCAGUUUCUUUCUUUCUCUCUGUCUUCUGCGCAGCAUCUCUUUACGCACGGCCACAGCGCGGAGAAAACGCGCAGCAUAUCAUCCCCCGUCCGUAAAGAAACAGGCGUAUUCUCCGAUUCCGAACCCGCUUUCGCCUCCUUCUAUUCCUCCUUCUCUUCCUUCUUCUUCUUCUUUUUCUUCAAGGACUCGGCUCUGUGUGUGCGUGUGUGUGCGUGUGUGUAAACGGCUGCGCUGCGUAAAAGAAAAACAACGGGAAAAGAAAGGGGGGAUUUAAACGCAACACAAGCAUCCAAGAGCAAGCUCGAAAAAUGAUGGCCGGCGGAGCAGUACAGCAAAACGGGAUUUUCUCAAAUCCUCACCACCACAAUCAACAACCACACAUGGAGUCCGAUCCACCGGAUUCGCGUAAAAGACCCCUGGAGACGCCGACGGAGGCCAGCAGCACCAAACGCACAAACACGGGAGUGGCCUUCCUGCAGCCCCUAUUUGAAACUGAAGGCAUUGUAUUCCCUCACCAAGAAACUGAGACUCAUGAGGAAGGCGAGUACUUCCUGAAGGUUUUGAUUCCCAGUUAUGCGGCCGGUUCCAUCAUCGGGAAGGGAGGUCAGACCAUCGUCCAGCUGCAGAAAGAGACCGGAGCCACCAUCAAACUGUCCAAAUCCAAAGACUUCUACCCUGGUAAGACACUAAUGCUGCUGAUGGAUGGAUGA